GACAGACAGGAGACGGAAGGACGGGCGUACGGCCAGGCCAUGCCCGGGGAGGCUGCCCGCGCCGAGCUGCUGCUGCCGGAGGCGGGCGGGCCGGGACCCCGCACAGAUCUGUCCUGUGAUGCGGCUGCGGCUACCACCCCAAAGGGGGACCGGCUGGAGCACUGUGCCCUGACAUCUGGGCCCAGCGCCCUGGCUCUCGCGUUCCUGCACGGCAAGCCUGGUGCCCGGCCCCCGCCUGAGGGAGCCAGCUGGGAUGCAGGGCCGGGCCGCGCCCCCUCAGCCUGGGCGGUCCAGGCAGAGGGCGGCCCCAGCCCAGGGCCUGCCGAGGUUCGGCCUACUACUGAAGGUCCUCUCCCAUCCUCCCUGGAGCCCCGGAUUGUAAUGGGCGAGGAGACGCGCCAGGCAGCCCCACUGCCCAGGGCAACUGUGCCGGAGCUCAGGGACUGGGAGGGUGGGCAUGCUAACCUGAACCCACCCCCCGAGUUGUGUUCUCAGGGUGACCCUGCUGUGCCUUUCCCUUCCCCAGACCCCGAUUCCUACUUCACGCCUCCCUCCACCCCCACCAAGACAGCCUCCACCCUGCUCCCUGGCCCCGGGCCCCACAGGGACGCCCAGGAUGCCCAGGCUGAGCUAGGGGACUCACCGCCAGCCUCGCCUACUGGCUCAUACAUCACAGCAGACGGGGACAGCUGGGCCUCAUCCCCAUCCUGCUCCCUGAGCCUGCAGGCCCUGGCCGAAGGGCUGGAUGUACCCUCAGGCUGGGGCUUCUCUCCACCUGGGUCUGUGGUCGAUGAGAGGGAGCUGCCCCCUGCCGGCACCCCGGACAGCUCGUCCCCAGAGUCCAGCCUCUCGGCAGACAGCAGCUCUUCCUGGGGUCAGGAGGGCCACUUCUUCGAGCUGGACUUCUUGGCCAACGACCCGAUGAUCCCUGCUUACCUCCUGCCCUUCCAGGGCAGCCUGAUUUUCCAGGUGGAGGCGGUGGAGGUGACACCCCUGCCCCACGAGGAGGAGGAAGUGGAGGAGGAGGAGCACGAAGAGGAGCAGGAGGUCCCCCUCCCCAGAGGGGACCUAGCCGGGGAGGGCGAGGAUGAUAGCACAUUUGCAUCCUCUCUGCAGUCGCUGUCCGACCUGUCCAUCACCGAGGGCGUGGACGAGGCCUUCGCCUUCCGGGAUGACACUUCAGCUGCCUCCUCUGACCCCGACUCAGCCUCCUACACGGGGGCUGAUGAUGAGAGGCUGUACAGUGGAGAGCCCCACGCACAGCCCACCACAUUGCUCCAGGACAGCCCUGGGGAGGCUGCCUCCUGGGGCCCAGAGCUCGCUCUUGGGGUGUCCGAGGGAGAGGCUGGCCAGGCUGCCAAGAGUCAAGAACCCAUCUCCAAGAUAAUGAGGGUGGGUCCCGCUGCAGCCCAGGUGUCUUCUGCUGCUAUGGCCCCUCACAUCCCACAGGAAUCUCUGGACCUCACUGGGGUGAGCCCUCAGGCCCAGGGAGAAGAGCCAGGUUUCACCAUGGGACCAGUACCUGUUGCCCCAGUCCCAUCUCAGCCUCUGCAGGAGGGAGACACUGCUACUUUAGGCCCAGAGCCCUGGAUUUUGAAGGGAGAAGCAGACCUCAACUCUCUGCAAACCCUGAAGGAAGACACAGGCCAGGAGUUUGCCACUGCAACCAGCCCUGAACCCCAGCCAGAAGUGGAUCCAGCAGCAUUCCCACAUCUGCAGGACGCAGGUUUCCCCUUGGCCCAGGAAUCUGCCUCCAAGACCAGCCCUGAGCCCCAUCUGGAAGAAGAGGACCUGACAGCAUCCUCACCCCUCCAGGAUGCAGGUCUCCCUUUGGUCCAGGGAUCUGCCUCUGAGGUCAGCCCUGAGCCCCAGUCAGAAGAAGAUCUGACAACAUCCUCACCCCUGCAGGAUGCAGGUCUCCCCUUGGUCCAGGGAUCUGUAUCUGAGGUCAGCCCUGAGCCCCAAUCAGAAGAAGAGGACCUGACAGCAUCUCUGCCCCUGCAGGAUGCAGGUCUCCCCUUAGUCCAGGGACCUGCCUCCGAGCCCAUCCCUGAGCCCCAGUCAGAAGAUCUGACAGCAUCCUUACCCCUGAAGGAUGAAGGCCUCCCCUUGGUCCAGGGAUCUGCCUCCGAGGCCAGCCUGGAGCGCCAGUCAGAAGAAGAUCUGACAGCAUCCUUACCUCUGAAGGAUGAAGGUCUGCCCUUGGUCCAGGGAUCUGCCUCCAAGGCCAGCCCUGAGCCCCAGUCAGAAGAAGAAAAUCUAACAGCAUCCUCACCCCUGCAGGAUGCAGGUCUCCCCUUGGUCCAGGGAUCUGCUUCUGAGGCCAGCCCUGAACCCCAGUCAGAAGAUCUAAGAGCAUCCUCACCCCUGCAGGAUGCAGGUCUCUGCUUGGUCCAGGGAUCUGUCUCUGAGGUCAGCCCUGAGCCCCAGUCAGAAGAGGACCUGACAACAUCCCCACCCCUGCAGGACGCAGGUCUCCCCUUGGUCCAGGGAUCUGUCUCUGAGGCCAGCCCAGAGCCCCAGUCAGAAGAGAACCUGACAGCAUCCUCAACCCUGAAAGAUGCAGGUCUCCCCUUGGUCCAGGGAUCUGCCUCCGAGGCCAGCCUGGAGCCCCAGUCAGAAGAAGAAGAUCGCACAGCCUCCCUACCCCUGCAGGAUGCAGGUUUCCCCUUGGUCCAAGGAUCUGCUUCUGAGGCCAGCCCUGAGCACCAGUCAGAAGAAGAUCUGAAAACAUCCUCACCCCUACAGGAUGCAGGACUUCCCUUGGUCCACGAAUCUGCCUCUGAGACAAGCCCUGAGCCCGAGUCAGAAGAAGAGGACCUGACAGCCUCCCCACCCCUGCAGGACGCAAGUCUCCCCUUGGUCCAGGGAUCUGCCUCUGAGGCCAGCCCUGAGCCCCAGUCAGAAGAAGAUGUGACAGUAUCCUUACCCCUGAAGGAUGCAGAUCUCCCGUUGGUCCAGGAAUUUUCCUCUGAGGCCAGCCUGGAACCCCAGUCUGAGGAGGACCUGACAGUAUCCCCACCCCUGCAGGACACAGGUCUCCACUUGGUCCAGGGAUCUGCCUCCGAGGCCAGCCCUGAGCCCCAGUCAGAAGAAGAGGACCUGACAGCCUCCCCACCCCUGCAGGAUGCAAGUCUCCCCUUGGUCCAGGGAUCUGCCUCCGAGGCCAGCCCUGAGCCCCAGUCAGAAGAAGAUCUGACAGUAUCCUUACCCCUGAAGGAUGCAGAUCUCCCCUUGGUCCAGGAAUUUUCCUCUGAGGCCAGCCUGGAACCCCAGUCCGAGGAGGACCUGACAGUAUCCCCACCCCUGCAGGACACAGGUCUCCCCUUGGUCCAUGGAUCUGCCUCCGAGGCCAGCCCUGAGCCCCAGUCAGAAGAAGAGGACCUGACAGCCUCCCCAUCCCUGCAGGAUGCAAGUCUCCCCUUGGUCCAGGGAUCUGCCUCCAAGGCCAGCCUGGAGCCCCAGUCAGAAGAAGACCUGACAGCAUCCCCACCCCUGCAAGAUGCUGGUCUCCCCUUGGUCCAGGGAUCUGCAUCUGAGGUCAGCCCUGAGCCCCAGUCAGAAGAAGACCUGACAGCAUCCCCACCCCUGCAAGAUGCUGGCCUCCCCUUGGUCCAGGGAUCUGCAUCUGAGGUCAGCCCUGAGCCCCAGUCAGAAGAAGAGGACCUGACAGCAUCCCCGCCCCUGCAGGAAGCGGGUCUCCACUUGGUCCAGGGAUCUGCCUCCGAGGCCAGCCCUGAGCCCCAGUCAGAAGAAGAAGUGACAGCGUCCCCACCCCUGCAGGAUGCAAGUCUCCCCUUGGUCCAGGGAUCUGCCUCCGAAGCCAGCCCUGAGCCCCAAUCAGAAGAAGACGAUCUAAGAGCAUCCACACCCCUGCAGGAUGCUGGUCUCCCCUUGGCCCAGGGAUCUAUCUCUGAGGCCAGCCUGGAGCCCCAGUCAGAAGAGGACCUGACAGCACCCCCGCCUCUGCAGGACACUGGUCUCCCCUUGGUCCAGGGAUCUGCCUCCGAGGCCAGCCCGGAGCCCCAGUCAGAAGAGGACCUGAGAGCCUCCCCACCUCUGCAGGACACAGGUCUCCCCUUGGUCCAGGCAUCUGCCUCCGAGGCCAGCCCUGAGCCCCAGUCAGAAGAGGACCUGACAGUAUCCCCACCCCUGCAGGACGCAGGCCUGCCCUUGGUCCAGGGAUCUGCCUCUGAGGCCAGCCUGGAGCACCAGUCAGAAGAGGACCUGACAGCAUCCCUGCCCCUGCAGGAUGCAGAUCUGCCCUUGGUCCAGGGAUCUGCCUCCGAGGCCAGCUCAGAGCCCCAGUCAGAAGAGGACCUGACAGCCUUCCCGCCCCUUCAGGACGCAGGCCUGCCCUUGGUCCAGGGAUAUGCCUCUGAGGCCAGCCUGGAGCCCCAGUCAGAAGAAGAGGACCUGACAGCCUCCCCACCCCUGCAGGAUGCCGGUCUCCCCUUGGUCCAGGGAUCUGCCUCCGAGGCCAGCUCAGAGCCCCAGUCAGAAGAGGAUCUGACAGCCUUUCCACCCCUGCAGGAUGCAGGUCUCCCCUUGGUCCAGGGAUCUGCCUCCGAGGCCAGCCCAGAGCCCCAGUCAGAAGAAGAUCUAAGAGCAUCCUCACCCCUGCAGGAUGCAGGUCUCCCCUUGGUCCAGGGAUCUGCCUCCAAGGCCAGCUCAGAGUCCCAGUCAGAAGAGGAUCUGACAGCAUCCCUGCCCCUGGAGGAUGCAGGUCUCCCCUUGGUCCAGGGAUCCGCCUCCGAGGCCAGCCCUGAGCCCCACUCAGAAGAAGAGGAUCUGACAGCAUCCCUGCCCCUGCAGGACGCAGGUCUCCUCUUGGUCCAGGGAUCCACCUCCGAGGCCAGCCCUGAGCCCCACUCAGAAGAAGAAGAUCUGACAGCAUCCCUGCCCCUGCAGGAUGCAGGUCUCCCCUUGGUCCAGGGAUCUGCCUCUGAGGCCAGCUCAGAGCCCCAGUCAGAAGAAGACCUGACAGCAUCCUCACCCCUGCAGGAUGCAGGUCUCCCCUUGGUCCGGGGAUCUGCCUCGGAGGCCAGCUCAGAGCCCCAGUCAGAAGAGGACCUGACAGCCUCCCCACCCCUGCAGGAUGCCAGUCUCCCCAUGGUCCAGGGAUCUGCCUCUGAGGCCAGCCCGGAGCUCCAGUCAGAAGAAGAGGACCUGACAGCCUCCCCACCCCUGCAGGAUGCCGGUCUCCCCGUGGUCCAGGGAUCUGCCUCCGAGGCCAGCCCGGAGCUCCAGUCAGAAGAAGAGGAGCUGACAGCCUCCCCACCCCUGCAGGCUGCAGGUCUCCCCUCCAGUCAAGUAUCUGCCACCAGUGCCAGCCCUCAGGCCCUUAUGUCUGACUCAGGCUGUACCCAAGGGACAGAACCCACAGUCACUGCAGCCCGUAGGAAAGGAAGAAAGACCCUGGGACUAAGGCCAGCGCCUGAGCAGAGAGACCCAGACCACACUGGAGGCUCAGACUCUCUGGCCUUGGAUCAGAUACAUCUGGGUGGCCCAGACCUACCUGCAGAUGCUCGGACACCCUUGGAGGGAGAUGCAGGCCCCUCCAAGCCUGCCACAGAGAUCCCAGACAUACCUGAGCCUUUCACAGGUGUCCAAGGUCCCCCAAAGCCUGACUCCAGUGGGGAGGAAGUAGCAAAGGGCAUUUUGGCACCUGAGCAGGAAGCCUUUCAUGAUGUCUGUGCACAUGGGGGUGAUGGAGCUGAGUCUGGUUCACUCCCAAAGCAAGCCCUGGGGGCUGAGCACCAGGGGCAUGAAGCCCUAAAGCCAGUGGUUCAUGGCCCAGGGGUGUGUCCCACUGCCAGCCUGGAGGUUGGCCAGUUGGGGCCCCCAAGCCCAGUGGAGGAGGGAAGGGCCACUCUUGGGCACAGGCUUCCCAUGGCUGUGGGCUCAGAGGCUGGGCUGGGCUCCUGCUCAGAGUCUCCUUCAAGAGCUGUGCCCAGGCUGGGAGGGCACUGUGCCAAAGAUCCUGCCCCAACAUCUCCACUGCCCUUGAGGCAGUCAAAGCCUGUGCUGGGCCCAGGCAGGGGAGAGCAGGCCCAGGCAGCACUUGGAGUCCUUGGCCCCUCCCCACUGCAGCCUCCAGAAAGCCCCAUAGGGGGCCUGCCCAGUACACCCCAAGACAGGAUCCAGAGCCCUGAGCCCCCUGCUCCUGGUGCCCUCAUGGAGGCAGUCCCAACCCCCCUGGCAUCCCCUGCCCCCUGCCCUUGCCGGGGCCCCCGGGAAGACUUGGUGGAGGGCGCGGAGCCCCUGGGCUCUCCAGGCCACCCACCACCUCGGCCAAGAGCCCAGCGGGCGGUGGCUACCUCCUCAGGGAUCACAAGCCCCCCUGGGGCUGGGCAGGUCAGCCUCCCACCCCACCCCACCCUCCUCAGCCCCAAGGCAGCCCCCAAGAGGGGUACCCAUGCCAAAGACCUGGCCUCGAGGCUCUCACCCCCUCGCCAAGUGCCUCCGGGCCCCGGGCCCCGGAGCCCAGCCAGCCCUCGAGCGCUCCCAGCCACUGAGCAGGAUGACGGCGACAGUCUGGAGGAAGACUCGCCCCGCGCUCUGGGCUCUGGCCAGCACUCGGACAGCCACGGGGAGUCAUCAGCCGAGCUGGAGGAGCAGGACCUCCCAGGACCGCAGACCGCACAGUGCCCAGCCCAGGCCCCAGCCGGCAGCGGGAGCGAGGAGACAGUCGCCAAAGCCAAGCAGAGUCGCAGUGAGAAGAAGGCCCGAAAGGCGAUGUCCAAGCUGGGCUUACGACAGAUCCAGGGGGUCACCAGGAUCACCAUCCAGAAGUCCAAGAACAUCCUCUUUGUCAUUGCCAAGCCUGACGUCUUUAAGAGCCCAGCCUCAGACACCUACGUGGUCUUCGGCGAGGCCAAGAUCGAGGACCUGUCGCAGCAGGUGCACAGGGCUGCGGCCGAGAAGUUCAAGGUGCCCUCGGAGCCCUCCGCCCUGGUGCCCGAGUCAGCGCCUGGGCCGAGGGCGAGACCUGAGUGCGAGCAGGAGGAGGAGGAGGAGGAGGAGGAGGAGGAGGUGGAUGAGGCAGGACUGGAGCUGCGCGAUAUCGAGCUGGUGAUGGCGCAGGCCAACGUGUCAAGGGCCAAGGCCGUGCGGGCCCUGAGGGACAACCAGAGUGACAUCGUCAACGCCAUCAUGGAGCUGACAAUGUAGUUGCUGACCAGAGACCCGGCUCCACCCCUGCCCCCUAGCUCUGCUGCUCAAUAAAGUGGUGUCCCUUCA